UGGAUUUCCAGUGGUGUGUUAACCAACAAUCAAGUCUCGGCCUUUUCUCGGGAAACAAACAGAACAAAUAUCAGACGAAAAUGAGCAGAGUGGUCGAUGAUGUAGCAGCAGCAGUGAACCAUUUGUUUGGUUUUCCUGAAACAAUGGAGAAAUUGGUGUUCCAUUCAAGGUCGAAUCCUGAGGCAAAUGAGAACAAGGGAGUUGGUAGCAGUCCUGUGGACAUUUUGGACUCUUCCAAGGAGUACAUUUUCUAUAUGGAUGUUCCUGGUCUGUCCAAAUCUGACAUUCAGGUGACGGUUGAGGAUGAGAAAACACUGGUGAUCCGAAGCAAUGGGAAGAGGAAGCGCGAAGACGGUGAAGAGGAAGGCUGCAAGUACAUCAGGCUUGAGAGGAGAGUACCGCAAAAGGUGUUGAGGAAGUUUAGGUUGCCUGAAAAUGCCAAUGUGUCAGCCAUCACAGCCAAAUGUGAACAUGGUGUUUUGACUUUGGUUGUUGAGAAGCUUCCUCCACCACCCAAGUCUAAGACUGUCGAAGUUGCCAUUUCUUGAAGAAGUGGAAUAGAUUCAAGAGUUUGUGUAAAAUGGGUUGUCUUUAAUUUGCGUCAAGAAGUAGGCCUAGGAAGUAGGCUUUUGUAUUCUGGUUGUGUAAGUUUGAAUGGCAUGCAAACAUUGUUUUAUGGAUUUUUUGUAGUUCUAUGA